AUGAGCCAACAAAGGAUCAGAAAAAAGCCCAAAGAAGAAGAUUUUGUAAGCGAAGAAGAAUACGAAGGUUUCGAAACUCCCCCUUCCGAAAAACAGCGCAAAAGCCGUCAAAGUUCCGCAGUAAAAUCCGACGACAGCUACAAUAUUGGCAGAAAUGAUAACUCACUCGGCGUUCUCACAAAAAAAUUUGUUUCACUAAUUCAAAAAGCUGAAAACCAAUGCAUUGACUUAAAUGAAGCCGUCCAGAUCCUCAACGUCCAAAAGCGUCGAAUUUAUGACAUCACGAAUGUGCUAGAAGGAAUCGGCCUGAUUCAAAAAAGGCACAAAAAUAAAAUCCAAUGAAUCGGAGGCAGUGGAGCAAGUGAGCAUACCCAGUUUGAAGAGAUGAAUAUUUUGAAUAAAGAGCUGGAAAUGCUGAAUAAAGAAGAAGAUCGGCUGGAUUAUUGGACUAAUCAAAUCCAAGAAUCGCUUAAUCAGCUUACUAAUGAUCCAAGCUAUGCUGAGUUUGCAUAUGUCACAUAUGAUGAUAUUAAGAGCCUGCCAAAUUUGACUGAGUAUCCUAAUGAGACGCUGCUGGCUAUAAGAGCACCUCCAGGAACGUCACUUGAAGUACCAGACCCAGAGCAGUUUCCACCUGAGGAAAAGGAAAAAUAUCAGAUCUAUCUGCACUCAAAAAGUGGGGAGAUUUUGGUAUAUGUUGUGUCGAGUGAUAAACCGAUUGAAAAUGAAGAGCCGAAGAUUUUAAGCACAAAUACGUUUAAAGUAUCAUCAGCGAUGGCGGAAGAGCUGAGAAAAAAUACUGUUUAUAAUAACGCAAUGAAAAAUGAAGGAAUUUCAGAUUUGUGGUCAGUUUAA